UUAUUAUUAGGUUGUCCGAGAUGUCACUGCAUGUUGUGUAUGUCUUUGUUUAAAUCAAACAUUUCUCAUUGAUUACCUUUGAAAUAGAUUUGAAAAAAGUCUUGCUUUUUUUCUUUUCACAGGUGAAAGUUCAUUAGAAAAUGAAGAACAAUAACAGCAAUACUAAGCUAAUCCUCCUUCAUCCCUAUAUCCAAAAACAAGGAAGUUCUAACAAAUUAUGGCUUCUUGCUUUCAUUUCCUUCUUCACCAUAGCUUUUCUUCUCACUCUUGUAUACACCCGAGAGUCGACUACUGGUAAACCAACUGCCGCCGGGAUCAUAGCCGUGACAGGCGGUGGUGUUGGUGAUGCUGCGCCAUUGCCGACCACCGUUGUCAACACCCUUCUCCAUUAUGCUUCGAAAUCCAACGACAGCUUCCACAUGUCAUAUUCCGAGCUGAAGCCGAUCUCCGAUGUGCUCCGGAAACGCUCCUCGCCGUGUAAUUUCCUUGUUUUCGGGCUAACUCCAGAAACCCUUCUCUGGAAAUCACUGAACCACAACGGCCGCACGGUUUUCAUCGAAGAAAACCGAUACUACGCCGCUUAUUUCGAAGAGAUACAUCCCGAAAUCGAUGUCUUCGACGUCCAAUACACGACCAAGAUGAAUGAAACAAAGGAGCUCAUAGCGUCCGCCAAAGAACAAAUCCACAACGAAUGUCGGCCGGUCCAAAACCUGUUGUUCUCAGAUUGUAAGCUCGGAAUCAACGAUUUGCCGAACCACGUUUACGAAGUGGAUUGGGAUGUGAUAUUAAUCGAUGGGCCGAGAGGCAACGGACCAGAAAGUCCCGGCAGAAUGCAACCGAUCUUCACCGCUGGCGUGUUAGCGAGGAGCAAGAAAGGGGGCAGCCUUAAAACACAUGUUUUCGUCCAUGAUUAUUACAGAGAUGUGGAACAGAUGUCAGGGGAUGAGUUUUUGUGUAGGGAAAACAUGGUGGAACGCAAUGAUAUGCUUGCCCAUUUCAUGGUCGAAAGAAUGGAAGAGAAUAGCUUCCAGUACUGUCGCAAUAAGAACAAUUCAUCAUCGUCAACAAAAGCUUCAGUUUCGUAGUCGUUGUUAAUUCAAGUUCAUGAAAAAGAUAAAUCUUUUGUACUAUUUAUCAUCAUUUGAAAUUUGUGUGCGGGUAGGGGAAGCGUGAUUGUAAAAAAUAACUUUUUUUUUUGUCAAUGAAAAAAAAGGUAAAUUCAUUUAA